UUUUACACGUUGCCAGUGAACAACAGCGACGGGUUCAUUCGGUAAAUAUUCGACACGAGACCUCUCGCGCUCAUUUAAUUCUAAUGCUUCAACGGGAACUACAAACACGAAAAAGUCGUCCAAAACAGCAGAACAUUAUUUGUAAACUUAAAUCUUCAAAAAUUCUGCAGCGCGCUGGAGAUGCAAAGAGCGCGUGAGCUGGACACAUCUGUCCGUGAGAGUCGAAACACGCCGUAUUAUAAAGGGCUGCUGUCCUCCUGUGAAUAUGCUUUGAGGCCAUUGAUCCCAAUGGGCAAUAAGUCUUCCAGAGAAUGAAGAUCAGAGUAUUUUCUAGAACUUCAUAUUUAUUUGUCCUGUCUUGUUUGACAUCAAUCUGUAUGGUCUGAACCAGUAAAAGAAAAGGAUGGCCAAACCAUUCUACAGACUGCAGCACUUUUUAAGGCGGGCUCAGUUGCUCCUCCUCUUCUUGGGCGUGGCUUACAUCGUGGCAGAAAGUAUGCUACUGCUUCAACGCUCCAGUGUGGUAAUGUUUGAAAGAGAAACGGAUACUGUUGCACUUCCCUCCCUACAGGCACCACCUAAAGCCCUGGAGGUACCUGGUGAAAGAUGGUUCAACAGGAGGAAGGGUGCCAGAGUAAUUCAGGAUGUGAAGAACCAACCUCUUGAUCCAUCUGGUGUCAGAAUGGACCAGAGCCGCCUGGUGUCUCGUAACCUGGAGAUCAGACAUCUGAGACGCCAUUGGUUCCACAGUAGUAGAGCUGAACCGCAAAGCUACGCUGAACGCAAUCUAUUACAUAAAGACGGCAGACAUAAAGGGACCUACAUCGGAUGUUUCAUAAACAACGAAACGGAGCAUGCACUUGGUGGAACAAUUCUUUAUGACUUCCGUAAAAUGACCAGCGCUUUGUGUCAGGACACCUGCUCAGAGAGUGGGUUCCGGUAUGCUGGGCUGGAAUAUGGAGCGGAGUGCCAUUGUGGUAAUCGUGUUUGUGCCCAUCGGGCUCGGAGAGAGGACUGCAAUCUUGAGUGCCGGGGAGAGAAGGGCUCCCCCUGUGGAGGGGUGGGCCGUCUGUCUGUCUACAGAGUUGAGGAUCAGCUUCCAGGACAGAGGAGAUACAGAACGAUCCACUACUAUGGCUGUUUCAACAGGCCAAAGAACUCUACUGCUCACUUCCUGAUCCAGACCUCUUGGAUGAAUCACAUGCCACAACAGUGUAUAGAGACCUGCACAGAUAAGGAGCUGCCAUUGGCUUUAUUGAGAGGUCGGGAUUGUUUCUGCAGCCACGCCCCCUUUCUUUUCACAAUGCAGAUGAGUGAGCAGGAACACAUGUGUGGGAGGGGCAACCAAACAAACCACACUUCCAUUUAUGACCUGGACUACUUUUGGGUCUACAGUACACCUGUGCUGGGUACUGUAAGAGAGUGCAUAUUUAACCUGCCACAUAACUUACUCUUGAUGCUCUUCAAGAAUUCAUCUUUACCUAGAUCUGUUCUUUCAGAUGCAAAAUGCAAAGAACGCACAUUUCUGCCCCAGAAAUCCAGGCCCCUUGUAGCCCUCUCCAGCUUUCCAGGGGCAGGAAACACCUGGUUACGUCAUUUGAUUGAGUUGGCCACUGGAUUCUACACUGGCAGUUAUUACUUUGAUGGUUCUUUAUACAACAAAGGUUUUAAAGGAGAGAAGGAUUACUGGCAGAGUGGGAGAGUCAUCUGUGUCAAGACUCACGAGAGCGGCCAGCGAGAGAUUGAAAUGUUCAACUCUGCCAUUCUGCUAAUGCGAAACCCCUAUCGCUCUCUGAUGGCAGAGUUCAACCGCAAGUGUGCCGGACACUUGGGCUACGCGUCGGAAGUUCACUGGAAAAGCAAAGAAUGGUCUGAGUUUGUGGACAGUUAUUCAUCCUGGUGGGUGUCUCAUGCUCUGACCUGGCUGCGAUUUGCCCAUCGCCUGCUUGUGAUACACUUUGAGAAUCUUCAGAAAGAUGUUCUCCCACAGUUAAAGACUAUUACCACUUUUCUGAACAUCAGCAUUCCAGAGGAAAGACUUCUAUGUUUGGAAAGCAACAGAGAUGGACAUUUUAAACGCUCUGGAUCUCGUAGUCUGACCUUUGAUCCCUUCACCCCUGAGAUGAGAGCUUGUAUAGAUGAACACAUCCGCACAGUAGAUAAAGCCCUCAGAGACAGAAAUCUCAGCGGUCUACCACAGGAGUACAUGCCCAGAUGAGACCACAUGAUACACAGCUACUGCCCUCUACUGGAGGGGAAGAAACUGAACCACUGAAAGUGCCUAGAUACAAACAUGACCGGCAGCUCGCAAAGGCUUUGGAAUGUUUUUAUUUGUCCACCGUUUUCUCAUGCAUUUGUUUGUGGUUGUGUUGUCUGCAGUUUGCUGUCUUAUUGGCAGAGCGGAACCCAUGUCCAGUUUGUACAUUGCGUCAUUAAAGUGAUUAAUUUGGAUAAUUUUUAAGUAAUCAUUUCAGUUAAUGAUAAUCUUAACCUUAAGGUAGAUUGCAAAAUACUGAGGCAGGUUAAUUUCAUUUUGUUCAUGUAUUCACUUUUAAAUAACAUUUUAUCACCUGUGUUUCUGAUUAGAUUUGGAAUUUCAGUGUCAAAGCCUCUUCAGCUGGGCACGGUUGCAUUCAUUCCACAGAGAUGCAUAAUUUAAGAGGGAUGCUUCAAGGAAAAUGUUCUUUCAUGAACUAAGAUGAAAUAUCUUGUUCUUGCACAGUAAACAGCUUGUGCCCUUUACAAUGUUAUAUUACUAUAAUGAAUCAAAUACAUAAAUUGAAGAGGCUACAGCACUUUAAUGUUCAAAUCACACUUGAGUUUAAAGAACCUCAGAUAGAAAAGCCCUUUGAAAUGGCAACAGCUGCACCUACUAACAACAGAACUGCAGUUAUAAAAGGAGAAAAUAAUCUGUGUUUGACAAGAUAAAUAUGACUGCAUGUACCAGAGGCUGUGGAGCACUGGAAACCCAAAGUUUACUAUAAAAGGCACCAUUGAGAAAUGCAAUUAAGUCAUAGAUAAAUAAAGUUAAUUUAAAAAUUCUGUCAUCAUUUACUGACACUUAUGUCAUUCCAAACCCAUAUUACAUCAUUUCUUGGACCACAAAGGGAAAGGUUAGGCAGAAUGAUUGCCUUAGUCACCAUUUACUUUCAUUGUAUGGAGAGAAAAGAAAGAUGCAAUUAAAGUGAAAAGUAAGGCUAAAACCCUUUUGUGUUCCUCAGAGGAUAGAAAGUCAUACGGUUUUGGAACAACAUGAGAGUGAGUAAAUGAUGACAUCAUUUUAAUUUGUGAUUCAUUUUUGCUUUAAUCAAAUUUUUUUAAUUGUAAACCAAGGGAAAAUCUAAUGCUUCAUUUUGCUGGCAAUCAACAAAUAGUAGCAUGCUCACGCUGUGAUGUUUUGGAGAUUUUGCAUUAACUGGUACAUACAGUAAGUCCUUUAAAUUUGAGUGCUUUUAAAAAUUGUAUUUGUGUUUAAUGUCAGUGAUUGCAGCCUCAAUGAUGAAAGAUGCAGAAAAACACUGACAGCAGAAUUACUCUGUGAGUUUGGACUGUGAUGUGCAGAACUGUCUCUCAGUGCAAUUCAUGCAGUUUUAAAAAAUGGCAGGUCAUCUACAUGAUUCAAAUCUUGAUUUAAUGUAAUCACUGAUGGUGGCUAGAGAAAUAUAAUUUUUUAAUUUGCAACUGUGAUUACAACAGCUUAGAACGUUCAACAAAUAUAAUGGAUGGUCCAACAGAACAUCACAUUUUGCCUUCUAGCACAGAAUCAAACUGAAAAACUUCAAUGAAAAGGGACAUUACAUGGUCAGAAUGAAACUGAAGUUGAAUGGACUGAAUUACUGUUUCUCUGGUUUCCAAUAGUGGCUGAUCAGUUUAAUAAGAGAGAACUGGAAUCAUUUAAAUUUUGUAGUAGAACAUCUUGCUUUCACAGAAACAAUUGGGCUGUUCCAGGGAGGAGAAAGAGAACACGAUGACUAACUACUCUGACCCCUAAUGAUAGAGCUCUCACCUGUCAUCAUAUACUCACCUUCAUGUUUCAAAUAUCUUAAUUUUUUUUUCUGCAGAACGUAAAAGGAAGAAUUUUUUAGGAUGUGCAUCUUGCUGAUUUCAUUACAAUGGCAAAUUUGACUUAAUCACUUUAAAGCUUUCAAAGGAUGUAUGCAUCUCAUAUGUCAUAUUCCAAGUCUUCUGAAGGCAUACAGUAGGUUCUGGAUGACAGACCAAUACAAAUAUUGUAUCUAUGUAAUUUUAUGAUAGCAGAUUAAAGUUGCUUGGAUCAAAAUGUUAAAGUGACAAGGGAAAAAGAUGCAAUGAAAGUGAAUGGUGACUGAGGCUAACAUUCUGCCCAAUAUCUCCUUUUGAGUUCCACAGAGGAAAGUCAUGGGUUUGUAAAAAAAUGUGGGUGAGUAAAUGAUAACAGGAUUUUUAUUCUGAGGUGAACUAUUACUUUAAAUUUGAAUUGAAAAAUAGCUGUUGUAUUAAAAUAUGCCUCAAUGUUACCCUGCUCUCUUCUGCAAGGUGCAUGUAUGAAUCUGAGACACUGUC